AAGCCGGGUAUUUCCGUAGAUACGGAAAUUAACGUUUGUAGCUGAUUGGCUAGGCCAUGAGAGCGGGCGUGGCCACACACGGAAGCGACCAUGGAGGAGCCUGACUGCGAUUUCGACGAGACGACCAAGGCGGGAUUCGUCCGUGUUCGGAUGAGGAUCCAGGGGAUCAAGCCAGGAAGGGGAUCCCAGGCUGAGAAGGGGAAUGCAGAACUUGUGGGACCUUUGUAUGGCAACGAUAACCUGUCCAUAACCUUGAAGAUCCUGGACAAGGGCGGCCUCGACGACUCCAACUACCAGUAUCAUGUCAGCCAGCUCCCGGGGGCCAUCGUGCCGGAAAAGACAAAGUUGAAGAUAGAGAAGGGCUGGGUCUUCAUGUUUCUGAAGAAGAAGAACAAGGACAAGUCUUGGGAGUCAAACUUCAGAAACGGCACCCUGGAGACAGAAUAAAGCUCAGCGUCGGGGACGCCACUGGUCAGCGCCGGCACUUUUGUAUGCACUGACCAGUGGUCUGUAGGUCCCCACAUAAGAACAUUUUAUAUAUCUUCUUAACAGUCCACACAUAUUUGAUUGCAAUACCAUUGUUUUAGGGUAAGCAGUAAUAUGUCAUUGGGUAGAUAUUGAUUCUGCGGACAAUCAGUGUACAAUCUUCUUUUUUUGAUAUGCUAGAAUCUCACAUGCUUUUUAUGUAUUUGUAGGGUAAGAGAUGGAUUUAUUAUAUUUGAUUCUAACAUGAAACAAUAAGACCAAAUAAUAUAUUAAUGCUUGUUACACGAGGCAAAUUCCAGCACUGUUGUCCUAACCAGUCACUUACCUCAGCGUGAGCCCAGACUUGGUCGCAGUGAUAAACUACAGACACAGCCUGGGAAGGAGAAGGGCUGCUACGGAGGGCAGUUUUAGCAUGAACAUGAUGAAGGUGAAGUUUGAUAGAAGGUUCAAGUUGAAUUUUCAAGGCCCAAGAACAAAACGGCUUUCAAGUUUGAACUUUACAAGCCCCCAAAACACCACAAAGAAAAUGUCCUUUUUUCGGGGUUUUGCUGGGACACAGCUGUGUAAGUCGCCGCAAUUCGCUGUGCAGAGUUGUGUCCCUUGGGCACACCAGAAACCUAUGAUAGUGGGUUCGAUUCCUGGUUCGCCCCGAUUAUGUUUCUCGGUUUGUCUGCACCAUACCUGUGCUCGUGGGUUACACCGAAAUGGUAUCGUCUGAGACCUGCUUCACUUGGGGCUUCUCUCCCACAUUAAGCUGACACGCCGUGAUAUGACUGGAAUAAUGUUAAAAGCGGAGUUAAACCCAACUCAGUCACUCGUAUUUUAGCUUGUUUAGUGCAUCCUGGUACGAUGCAGUGAUCUGUGCACACUCUGACACAGGAUCACAUUGACAACAAGCAGUGUUUGUGCUGGCAUUUGUUGUUGAUGGGCACAAUGUAAUGCUUAUAGUGGGUUAAAGCCAGACUCACUCCCAUCCCCUUCCUGAAUUGGCUUCUUUCCUGUGUUUGGGUGUCCAGUACCAUAUGGUACAUAUGUUGGUACACACUGGCGGACGGUCAUACUGCUUUGUGUCCUGUACAACAUGAGGUGUCAUAGUCCGUCGGUUGCCUGGGGUGCCUCAUUCUUGCUGUGCAGAGUUGUGUCCCUUUAGGAUCUGCUUGUCCUGAACCUAAACAUUGAUCUGUCAGCUCCGUUCCUAUGACAAAGACAUAGGCUGGUUCGGUGUGGAAUCAAUAGCAGGUCCUGCUACUAAGUAAUAUCAUUGUGUAACAUCGUGGAUCAUUGUGUGGUGAAUCGUGCAUGUUACGUUUAUUGGGCUGGAACUCAGUAUUUUAUAUCUGUUUAUUUGAACAGUACCUACCUAUGCCAUAGAUCUGGUUUACUUUAUACAAACAUGUUACUGAUUCAUAUUAAUUGAUAACCUCUUGAUCGUUUGAGUAUUUCGUGUUUUUACAUCUUGUCAUCUGACCAUGCCAUGCGUUUUUACUGAAGUAUUCAAAAUGGUUUAUUUUUUUAAAGCUUAACAGUGGCCAUAUCAGUUUAUGGUCUUUGAGUUUAAUAAUAUUGAACAUCUUUGGCCAUUUAUGUUGUCAAGCUUCAUGGGAAACAUUCGAUUGACGUAAUAAUUAUGUCAUUUAAGUUUUUCCCCAAAAUUGUAAAAUGGGUGUUAGAGAUUGUGGAAACUGCAUACAUCACAGUGCUUGCUUACUUUGUACCUAGAGUAUAUCUACCGCAAUAUGAUAAAUUAACAGGAGUUAUUGUUGAACUGAACAUGCUGAAUCCAGCUUUGGUGUGUUUGUUGUCGGUGACACCAACCUGAUUGUCCCACUGCUGAAGUAACUCCUGAGAACCAUGUUGAGUGAUCUGUUUCACUGUAUGUUACUGAUUAGUCUUCUGUGUAUUUGUCAAUAAAUGUAAUUACUGCA